AUGAGUGCAAUCGGAAGUGAAGGGAACAACGUUGGUGCUGUUGACAGCGAACUGUUAGUCGAGGAAAAAAGCCAUACUGAGGUACCAAAAGAAACAAAAAUAGCUGCUCCACCACCAUCUCCAACGAAAGAAUUGAAGGAAAAAAGUACUGAGGAACAUUUCGUACCACAGCAUUUUGAACAUACACACCUGGAAACUAAAACAGAAACGACAAUUGGUGGAAACGAGCAGAAAGAGGACAAUAAAGUCACAAAUGCUGCGAUCACUGGUAUAAGCAGCACUGUUAAUACUGAAAAUCCUAUUCUGGACGACGAGCAUUUGAUAAAAGAUGAAAUACGAGAAAUAAGUGAGAAAACAACCGAUGUUCUGGAAGAAACUGUACCGAAGAAAGCUCAGGAACCUCUGGUAAGUACAGAAAGUAAUCUUCGGCAUUUAACGUCUGAAUUAGAUCAUCAGCCUAGGCAGACUGAGGUUGUUACUGAGAGGAACAGUGUGGCAGAAAAUUUGAGUGAGAGUAACCAGGUUUGCAGCAAUUCUGCAACAAAUAAAGAAACGUUUGACUUAACGGUUCCUGCCAACUCAAAUCUAGAGUCACACCAAUAUCAGGAUGGGGGUUUUUUCAUGAAGAAAGAAGAACUGCUUCCUCCAACUGGUAGCAACAGUCAAGAGAGUACAGAAAAAACGGCAGAAAUUACGACUGAAAAUAUGGGAUUGGAAGACGAAGAGUUUGAGAUUCCAGUAACUGUAGUUGCGGAAGAGACAGGUUCCGCGUCUUCUGGGACAAUUAUACCAGUACAUUUCGAAGAAAGUGAAAAAGACAGUGAGGAAAUCAGUAUACCGAUAGAAGUUGUGUCAGAAAAUUUGGGAUCAGAAGCGAAUGAGGGGACUUCUGAAACUGUUAUACCGAUAAGUUUUGAAGAUGAAGAGUCUGAACCGUCAUCCCCUCCUUCAAAGAAAGAAAGUUUAGCCUAUGCAGCAACUGUUUUUAUGGACAGAAUGAGCAUGGGACAAAUAACUGAUAUCCAUGAUUACAGCAGUUGGCUUCGAAACUACGAAGAGCAAUUAGUGCCAUUACCGCUAAGGGAGGUGCUAUGUCAGGACAGCUCGAAUUUAGUCAAUGAGAAAACUAGUAGCGUUUUGAGUAAUAACAGGCCAAGCGUUCAAACCAGCGAUGACUUUGAAAAGAGUUUAUCAGAACGCGAAAUGUUAUUGAAUUCCAUGCAAAAUUCUUUCAAAGAAACUAAGGAUUCUCAGGAGUACGAUGUUCCUCUGGUUUGCGGUAACGGAUUGAAAGAAACUACUUUGGAAGAUGAAGGAUAUGAACGGCAUCCAAAUGAUGAAGCAGCUUGUACCGUAAGCAGUAACGUGACUCUGAAGGACGGAUUCAACUUCUCAUCAUAUAGUGAAACUCCAGCCGAGUUUUCGUCAACACUAUUGAAUGAAGUCAAACAUGGAAUUCUGGAUGCUGGGGUUGACGCAUCACACGAUGAAACCGUGCCUCAUUAUGUUUCCGACAUUCAUCAUGAGAAACCCACUGAAAGUAAACAGGAACAUGACCAUUCACUAUUGGAACCUAAAGCGGAAAAGCAAGACUAUCAUAUCGACGACAACAGUAAAAAAGAGGUUGCGCAACCCGUGGACAAAGAAGAAAGUGAGGUUUUUUCGGAAAAAGAACUAAAACCAAGUGUUAAGGCUGUUCCUGAACAAGAGCCACAUCAUGAAAAAUCUGUUAAAGAAGCUGCAACAAAAGUUUCCGACAAUUUCAAAUCCAAUCUGUCUAGCGAAGAAAAUAGCAAAGAUUCCAUGUUUGCAAAAGACGUUAGUGAGGUGCCGCUAACGGCAGUGAAGACGGAAGUAACAAAACUGAUUGAGACUGAACCAACAGACGGACAUAAAGAAACUGCUCAAAUGCAUGAUGCAGUGGGUAGUUCUGAACUAUCAACCAAGGAAAACACCGAUUCGUUCUUUGCCACUGUACAAGAAAAACCACAUUCAAAGGAAGCUCAUUUUGACUCAAUGAUGGAAACUACCACAAGAUUAGAUACACCCAGUGCCGCUGAACUGGUUAAAGAAAAUAUUCAAAAGGAAGAUUUUGCUCCCUUGCACAUUCAAGAGGAACAAGAAAAUGUUUUAGGGAAAGGGGGGAAGGAAGAAGAAGAGGAGGAAGAAGAGGAAGAAGAAGAGGAGGAAACCUUUAGUGUGCCUCUAAAGCAUCGUGGGAUUGAAAUAUCAGAGCCCAGUGAAAAACCAAAAUUGCUCUCUGAGAACAUCGAUGUAAAACACUUCACGGAGUUACCCAGGGAAACCAAAGAAGAAGAAAGUUCAAAGGAAGCAAUACAUGAAACGAAAGAUGAAGUGGCAUCGAAACCCGUCGUUUUAACGGAAGAGGUGGUUCCAAUUUCGGCACCUACUACUGCUACGGAAUCUCCACUGCCGGUCGAGAGCGCAGAGGAGGAAGAAACUGCAGAAGCUAAAAGUGGAAACAAGAUUUCAGAUACAGUUCACCAUGUCACAGAAACAGAUAAUUUGGAAGUUGCUGGAGCAGCGGAGGUGUCUGCCUCCCAACACGUUCCGGACACCCAAAUCGUUGACAAUUCUGCAAAUAUUGUUUCCGAAGAGGUUACAAAAACCAGCUUUGAAGCUUUAAGAGCUGGACUAACCAAUUCUGAAAAAGCAGAGCCCGAAGAGACGGUGCCAACUGCUGGUUUAAAUACAGAGGUGCUGCUGGAAAAGAAAGAACAGAAGCGUGUUCCUGCCGCUCAUGAACUGAUUCAGGAAUUCAGUGUUAAUACCUCUAUGAGUACGAAAACUGAAGAAACAGAGAAAACAAAACCGCAUGAUCAUGUUCAACCUGUUAGUCAUUUUGAAGCCUCAGAAACAACUUCGGCUACUGAAACACCAGAAAUAAGCCAGAAAGAACAUCAUCCUGAAGCAGUUGACAUACAGGUUUCUAUUCCAGCUGCAAAACCUCAUGAAAAGCAACCAGUAGUAGACAUCAUGUCAAAUGAAAGGGCAACUGUGGCAAACGAAGAAUGUUGUCAACGAGAAGUUUGUUCUAAAGAUGUUGAAAAAGAUUUAGAAGCAAAAGACUUACACGUUCCCGCUACCGACAAACCAACUGCUGUUCCUGCUGCCGAUAAAUCGACUGCCGCUCCUGUCGCCAGUGAAGCAACGAAAGAAUCGCAAGCCCCUAUCACCGAGCAACAUAGUGUCAAGGAAAAAGUAGACCAUCCAGAACUUUCUGGUGAGACGGCAAAGCCGGAACAUGAAAUCCAGAAGAGCAAAUCAGUUCCGGCCGAACAGUCAACGGGACCCACAGAGAAAUUACACGAGGAACAGAAACAAGCAGACACUGCAGGAAAGACGCCUACUACAGAGGCGACGGAUGAUGGGACGGUAGUUCCAGACCCAGUUCAGAGAGACGAAUCUAAACAGCGACGGAGGUGCUGUAUUCUGUGA